CUAAUUUGUAUGCAUAUGAUAAUUGGGUUGAGCAUAUUAAAUGCAGAAAAACCGGUACUGGUCAGAUUGAGGUUAAUCAUUGACCUGAUAGCAGACUGUGUACAUAUAAAACCCGAGAUCUUCACCCAGUGGCUCUUCGUCCAGUCACAGAGAAGGGAGAGGGGUGCCAGCUGUUCCCCUGACAUCAUCGAAACACAGCUGGUGAAGCAUCAAGACAACAACAUGAGAACUACACUCAUUUCCGUAUUGUUUGUCCUGUCUGCUGCUUGUGUCCCUGCCCUCUUUGGCAGAGAAGAGGAUCCUGUCCUGCAGCUCGGGGCUCCGACAGAAACCCGGUCGCGCUUUGCUCCUCUGGAUGAUGUGCGUCUCCUGGCCAAUGGCCUCCUCCAGCUGGGCCAGAGCCUGCGGGAGUUUGUGCAGAGGACGAAGGGACAGAUAAACGACAUCAUCCAGAAGCUGAACAUCUUUGACCACUCCUUCUACCAGCUAUCAGUGCUCACCAGUGAAAUCAAGGAGGAAGAAGAGGAACUGAAGAAGACCACUGUGGUACUGAAGGCCAACAAUGAAGAGAUCAAAGACCUGUCUUUUCAGAUCAACUCCAAGUUGGACAGCAUCCUGCAGGAGAAGAGUCGACUGCAGAACAAAGUGGAGGGCCUGGAGAAGAAGCUGAGCAGUCUGUCGCUGGGCCUGGUGACCAGCGAACAAGUGGCGGAGAUCAACGGCCUCAGGGAUGUGAUCCACAGCCAGGAGCAGAGCAUCACCGAGCUGCUAAAGGCUGUGAGGGAACAGAGCGACCAGAUCAACCAUCAGAGGACGAAGAUCAAAGUUCUGGAGGAAAAGCUUACAGCCAACACAUUAGCCCAGGAGACCAUUGAGAGGAUGCCUGAAAUCUUCACCAGCGAAGCACCAACACUCACCCCUUUUCUGACCUCGAGCUCCACCAGCACCGCCGAAAUGAUGAAUCUGCCAUCAGACUGCAGCGAGCUGUUCAACAGAGGGGAGCGAGUCAGCGCCGUCUACGCCAUCAGACCCAACGGAUCAGAGCCCUUCAUGGCCUUUUGUGACAUGAGCAAAGACCAUGGAGUAACAGUCAUCCAGCGACGGAGGGAUGGUUCGAUGAAUUUUGAUCAAACCUGGGAGAAGUAUGAAAAUGGGUUCGGAGAUUUUCAAGGAGAGUUUUGGCUGGGUCUCAGGAAGAUCCACUCUCUAGCCGCUCAGGGCGACUCUGUCCUUCACAUCCAAAUGGAAGAUUGGAAACAGGGCAGACGCUUCAUCGAAUACAGAUUUUACCUUGAUGGUCCAGAGAGCAACUACACCAUUCACCUCACGCACCUGUCUGGAGAGUUGCCGGACCCCAUGAUUAACCACACAGGCAUGAUGUUCUCCACCAAGGACAGGGACAAUGACAACCACCAGGAUUUCAACUGUGCCCACAACUACACAGGUGGAUGGUGGUUCAACGCCUGCGGAGACACCAACCUGAACGGCAGGUAUUUCCACAUGAGACCAAAGGGGCGUUCAGAGCGUAGGAGAGGGAUCCAAUGGAAGCCCGCCCGAAAAGCUUCCUACUCCCUCAAGCUGACCCAGAUCUCUGUCCACCCUGCAGCUCCACCCUCUUCCACUUCAGCUUCCUAUGAGACAGGCGUCUUUCUCUGAUCCAAUAACAACAUUCUCCAGUGAAAAUACUCAAAACAAACCAGCAUCAAACAGUGGCCUCUUCAGGAGAGCCUUGGCAAUGCUUCUUGUGGGUAGCCGUAGUUUUAGAAGGCUUGUGCAGAGAGGAAGCAGUUUCCUCCAGGUGUCAAGUCCUAAUAGAUUAAAGCCAGUCACACAGGACACUAGCAAAGCUUUACAAAUACUGAGUGUUCCUGUGUCCUAAACACAAAGCCAAAAGAACAAGUUACUCCCUGUGUCCAGGAUAUUGUGCAUGUAGUUUCUGAUAUCGUAGAACAUCAAAAUGUAUUGUGAAAUCUAAAAUACAAUGAAGUGCAGUUAGCUUAUUGUUAAGAACCUCAGACCAUGGCAUAAAAAACAUCUUCACCCACAGUGUCUCAGACGUCCAAGGUUAUAGAGAAGAAGCUAAAACAGACAGUUCUUAUAUUGGGUCACAUUGACUCACAGUGCACUGCUGUGGUUCUCAGCAUGGGAGGUGGGACCCACUGAGGGGGUCACAAGAUACAUCUAAGGGGUCAGACAUCAGGAACAUAGCUCUGACUUUUCUUCGACUGUUUCUUUGUCUUGUGAAAUAUUGUACAGUUUUACGUCUUUUGUCCUCUGGAAAUGGUUUAGAAGCAACAAUCUGAAAUUUCACCAGUGGAACUGCUUAGAACUUAACAUCUGCAACAAGUGACAAGGGAAGAGGUCCCAGGUACACACACACACACACACUGCUUCAUGCUGGGAGAAGUUGAAAGGCAACAAAAGUUGGAAACCACCAUUAUAUUAAUAUAUAUGUAUUAUAACAACACUCAUCUUUACUUACUCUAUUUUUUGAUACAUUUGCUAUAUUUUGUUUAACUUAAAUAAAUAAAAAAAACAUGAUGGUGACUUCACGUAACACUAAUAUUCAUUUGGGUGUGGAUAUUCCUAACUGAAAAUACAAUGACAUUUUUAUCCCUGAUCAGACCUUUAGUGAUCAGGAAUUAUAGAAUGUCCUAUUUGUUAUUAUGGGCUGUUGUUUGCAGUCCUGGUGCUUGUCUGGAACAGGAUGGUCUUUCCUGUGUCAGCAGAGAUUUGACCCAGAGUAAUGUCAACUGUUGAUGUCGGAGUCUGGUGAAUGAAUGACUAAUGCUACUCAUGCUAUUACUACAUACUAAAAUUUUCUGUAUGUUGCACUGGGUGGUUGUGAUGCCAAACUCUUUUCUACUGUGUCAUAAGGUGCCCUGAAUUAGCUCUAGAGGGCAGUGUUGUUCUGUCUCACGCAGACACCUUCCACUCUGGUUUGAUUGUGCUGCUUGUAUAAUUAGAUUCUACAAAUUAUUUUUGUUUUGUAAACAGGCACUUCCUUAAAACCACAUAUCUAUGUCAGUAUGUUCCCCUAAUGACUCUCUAAUUGCUCCUCACACUCUCUGCUCUCACACUCAGCUUUAAGAAGGGUAAAUAUCCUCUCCUGAAAUAGUGCAAAGUGCAUCUUCGACCAGAGCUGUCAUCCCUCCUUAUGCAUAUCAUUAGU